AUGGCUUCAAUCCAUGCUCUGGUUCAUGGCUUGGUGUCAAAUGCAAUGGAGGAAGAGAAUGCUCUCACUGGUACUCUUCCUCAUCUCACCAACCUCACUCACCCAUCACUCAAACAUCUACAUCUCUCUCACAACAAACUCAAUGGAACUCUCAACAUCUCUCUCCCUUCUCUUCUUUCUCUGAGACUAGAACACAAUGGUUUCUCUGGAAACCUUGAAGCUCUUCACUUGCCCAUUGUGAAGGACUUCAAUGUCUCAGAGAACAAUUUAAAUGGUGAAAUCUCUGCUAGUUUGUCAAGGUUUUCAGUUAUGGCUUUUGGUGGUAACCCAUCUCUCUGUGGUGAACCUCUCCCUAGCUGUGUCACCACAAAAACAACAACAACUACUACUACUACUAGUCCUUCUCCUACUCCUUCACUUGGCAUGGCUGUUGUUCUUGCCAUUAGUGCAGGAAACUUAGUGGUCAUCACCAUUGCCUUGGUCUUUGUCUUAACAUUGUACAUUUGGUUGAAGAGAAAGCUCUCCCAUUUGGAGCUUAAUCAAGAGCAAUGUACAGAAGAGAAGAGAAACAAUGGGGUUGGAGUUGGACUUGUUUGCUUUGAGGGAGGAGAGGAGCUCAAGCUGGAGUGCCUUCUCAAAGCAUCAGCUGAAGUUUUGGGGAAGAGUGUGGCUGGGAGUAGCUACAAAGCCAUGCUGGACAAUGGCAUGGCAAUGGCUGUGAAAAGGCUCAAUGCUUCAAGGUUCAUCAAUGGUGGCAAAGGUUUUGAGAAAAGGAUUCAUCUUGUUGGUAGACUGAGACAUCCUCAAGUUGUGAGCUUGAGAGCUUGCUACAAUGGCAAUGAGGAGAAGCUCCUCAUUUAUGACUUCAUGCCCAAUGGAAACCUUCAAUCUCUGCUACAAAAUCAAGGAACAAGAGUUCUGGAAUGGAGAAGAAGAAAGGAGAUACUCAUAGGAGCAGCUCAAGGCCUCAACUUCAUCCACAGCUUCCCAGCAAAAUCUCCAUUAGUGCAUGGAAACAUCAAACCAUCAAACAUUCUCAUUGAUGAACAAGGAAAUGCAUGCAUUUCUGAAUGGGGACUGAUGUGCUCAUUCAGCAGCAACAUGAACCAGUGUUUCCCUUCUCAUUCUUCGCAUCUUUUCUGCGGCUCGAUGCACCGGCAUGGAUACAGAGCACCGGAGCUCAUGUCAGGGAAGGUGAAAGCAACACAAGCUUCAGAUGUUUAUAGUUUUGGGAUGGUGAUUCUGGAGGUGGUUACUGAUGAGAAGAUUGAUGCAAGAGAGUGUGAAGGAGAGUUGAUGGGAAUGGUGAAGGUUGGUAUGUUGUGCACCAAUGAAUGUCCUGAUGAAAGGCCAACCAUGAAUGAAGUUGUGAGCAUGAUUUCUGAAUUCAUCAUGUAA